AUGAAAUCACUUAAUAUCGCGAAUGUGGACGCUGUAACUGACUGUCCUUCUGCUGAUAGUCCAACCGUUGACGAGGAGUUCAUCCUCCUGGACGCUCCUGUUCACCUGGAUAUAACAGACACAGAUGCCUCGGACGGCAUUUUUGACCCGCCCCAAAUGGAAGGCGAAUCACGGGCUCCUGAGCCAUUAAAGAAUAAGCGUAAGAGGGUAAGGAAAGCGCGCAAACCCUCCGCCCCCAAACCGGAAGGUGACCAAAUGCUCAAGCAGCAAGCGCCUGCUUUGAAAACACUACCUGGUCUUGCACUUCCCUCAGUGAGACAAGAGGUACCGUCGCCUUCGGUUUCACCAAUUCCCGUCAGACAACCAUAUGGCGUGGAUGGUAGAGCAUGUGGUGUAAAUACACCUCGUCGAGGCGAUUCUUACACAGAUAGCAGUGUGAUUUUCAGAAACGUCACUGAAUCCACUGCAGCUCUUACUGCCGAGCGCAUGCGUGAGGAUCUUGAUUGGCUUAAAGUUUGUGUGACCAGGCUUUUACCACCAGGUUUCCCUGGCGUUACUGUCAGGAAGCUCAUCAGAUUGGGGAACGUUACGGUUGGUCAACCAAAUCCUCGACCCCGUUUGCUUAGGGUGGUCCUCUCCACCCCAGAAGAGCGCAGGGCCUUACUGAGAUUUGCCUUCAAACUCAAGGGUACCAACGUUAGUGUGCAACCAGACCUUCCGUUAGCGGAUAGGUUAAAGUUAAAGGAAGCCAUCAGAGACCUAAAAGCCCGGCGUGCAGCUGGCGAGCAAGGUCUCCGAUUGGUGGGUUUUCAGGUGGUCAGCCGGCGGUCCUUUUCCGCCCUGCCAGAACCUAUACUAAUUGCGCACGACCCAGGGCUGGUCGGGCCGAAACACUCCAAGUAG